AUGGACGAAGAAUACGCAGCAUUAAUGAUGCAAUGGGAAAAGUGUAAACAGCAUCAACCAUUAUCUUCUAAUAUUCUCCAAGCUUCUAGCCAAUAUCAAUUCACCAAUCCCUCCUCUUUUCAAUCAAGACAACAGCAACAGCAAUUACUUUUACAAGCAGCAUCGUAUCAACAACAAAACUCAUCAUCAUUACCAAAGACCUUAAGCUAUCAUAAUCCUGGUAUUUCAUCGUUAUUAUCAAUUAUACCACAGAGACGACCAUUAACUUCACCAAACAUUAAGCUGUCAUCAACACUUGAAAAUGGAGAAUAUUCGUCAAGAACAAUAUACAGAACGAAUAUGACAACUGAAAAUAAACCACAUUUUUGUCAUCUGCAUAUACAACAUGCGUAA